AAUUUUUAGUAAAUAUUCGCAUUAGGUCCCACCUGUGAACCAGUUCUUACGGGCCCAGCUUCGGUCACCUGGUAUAAAUAGGGUGCCUCAGGACGCUCCCUUCCCUCAGUUUACUUCCAGGACUCUCUCCUCCCGCAAGAGCUAAGCCAUGAUGAAGGUUCUCCUCGUCCUGUCGGCCCUCGCCGCUACGGCCUUUGGAAGGAUGGCUGGGGUUUUGCCCGGAGGAUUUCGGAUUAAUGACGGGUUUUCCUGCGACGGUCGUCCAUAUGGCUUCUAUGCUGAUGUCGACAAUGAUUGUAAAGCUUAUCACGUCUGCGAACCUGUGGUGGAUGAGGAUGGACAGCUUGUGGAAAUGGCCCACUACUCGUUCCUCUGUGGCGAAAAGACUGUCUUCGAUCAGGAACAGCUGUCAUGCGCUACACCAGGAGAAGCCUACCCUUGUGCCAACGCUGCUGCCAUUUACGAAGAAACAAACCACAGACUGCUCAUCGAAGCCGAGCACCUCACCUCACCGUAACCAUCUGCUGUUUUUGGACGACCAGGAAUUUCGACGACGCUCUCUUUCGCUCCUGACAUUUAUUUAUGAAAAUGCAAGUCUGUGAAGUAUGGAUAAUGAAUUCAUUAUUAUAAAUGUGUGCCACUUGCAGAAUCCAUGCAUCAUUUAAACUGUCCAUAUUUCACAGUGAGUAACGUGUGAUGUUUUCCGAAAUAUGAGUAUUACAUUAGAUAUUACCGACUAUA